GACGCUACUUACACUCAACCUGGAACACCAUCAUCGCCUACGCCGUCGUGCAGUAGUAGACUGACAGUCCUCUGCAACAAUGGCACCUCCAGAACUCUACGCUCUCGGGCAGAAUCAGACCGCUAUCAGCUCUCAUUCAUUCAACGCUAACCGCACUGAGGUUGCUGUGAGCUUGAACUCGAAGGAUGCGACCAUCUGGGAGCGUCGUGGACAUGAGUGGAAGCAGACCGAGACAUUGUCCGAGCACGACAAGCUGAUCACCUCCAUCGACUGGGCUCCGAACUCCAACCGUAUCGUCACCUGUGCCCAGGACAGGAACGCAUAUGUGUGGCAGCAGAGCCCCGACGCGCAGACCGGUCGUAUGGUCUGGAAGCCGACACUGGUCCUUCUGCGCAUCAACAGGGCUGCGACCCACGUCCGCUGGAGCCCGAACGAGGACAAGUUCGCUGUUGCGAGCGGUGCUCGCGCAAUCGCGAUUUGCUCCUUCGACCCGGAGGGCGAUUGGUGGGUCUCGAGGCUUCUGAAGAAGCCGAUUAGGUCUACUGUGCUCUCUGUCGAUUGGCAUCCGAACAACGUCCUGCUUGCUGCCGGCAGCGCCGACAUGAAGGCCCGCGUGUUCUCCGCUUAUAUCAAGGACGUCGACAAGAGGCCUGCCCCCACUGUUUGGGGCGAGAAGCUCCCGUUCAACACCAUCUGCGGCGAGUAUACCAGUCACGCGGGCGGUUGGGUGCACGCGGUCGGGUUCUCUCCUUCCGGCGACGUGCUUGCCUUCGCUAGUCACGACAGCUCCAUCAGCAUCGUCUAUCCGGGCGUCAGCAGUGUCCCGACCUACACUAUCAAGCUCUCCAGUCUACCGCUCCUCACCCUGACGUGGACGACCGAGAAUUCCAUCAUCGCUGCCGGACACGACUGCCAGCCGCUCGUGUUCUCUGGGAGCGAAGGCGGAUGGGAGCUCGCCGGCACGCUCGACGACCCGAACGCGAACAAGACCGGCGGUGGCGCCGCCCGCGCAGGCCUCGGCAACGCGUCCCCCGUGGGCCGCCUGAACAGCGCCGCGUUCAACACGUUCCGUAAUGCGGACUCGCGCGGUAUCUCGAACGUGCCCGGCUCGCCAGGCCCCUCGACGGAGUCGGAGCUGUUCACGGUGCACCAGAACACGAUCACGAACCUGCGUGCGUACGAGGGUGGCCCGGGGAACGUCGCGCGGGUCAGCACGUCGGGUGUGGAUGGGAAGCUGGUCGUGUGGGACGUCGCGCAGGUGUCGCCGAUUGGCGUGACGGGCAUCGUGGGCCGUCUGGCGGGCUUGCAGGUGAGGUAGGAUAUCGGCACAAGGUGUACGAAUAAUGACAAUCGCGUUGAAUCGAUGAUCUGAGUCGUGCAGUGGACCUUGACUGUCCUCGGCUUGUCCAUGGUCGUAUCGGCCAACAAUGGCGAUUCCUCCUUGGCUGUUCAGCGUUCACUCAUCACAGUACAUAUCAGGUCGCCCUGAUACUCCGACUCGCAUGUCGCCAGCAGCCGGAAUCUUCUGCGGAAUCGAGCUCAAGUUUCAUCGGACAAUCAACACAUUGAGAGCGUGGACCGCUCCGGCAGUGGCAUUAUAUGACCGUUGACUAGCAGAAGAAAGCACUGGUUCUGCUGAAUGGCCUGUGUGGCGUGUGACAACCUUACAUGCGUGGUUUCGGCCCUCCUAGCAAAUACCCUCCCAGUAAAUACCAAGGUGUCGCGUUCAACUGUGUGCUAAAA